UGUAAAAGUAACUUAAAAGUGACCAAAAGCUAAGAACGCAUUAAACGUCACGUUAUAUAUGAAUGGUCUGUAGUUUUACUGCCCUUUUAUUUGACAACAAUUUUGUGAACAAAUGUUUUAAAUCUGAACUCAAUUUCAAUCCAUUUGUUGUGAUUAUCUGUGAAUCCAUUGAAACCAACCAAAGAUGACAGAGAUAUUCAGCCCAUUGAUGGAAAUGGACACAUCCAACGACUCCUUCGAGGACCUCUUCGGUGACGAUCCCGACAAAUGUCUUCAGACAGUUAUAUACAUCAAGAACUUAGUGGUCGGCAGUAAUCGUCUAAAAGGAGCGGUGAUUGAGUCGGCAGUCGUGCCACGGCUUAUACAACUGAUCCAAUCGUAUAACCACUCGAACCAUCUG